AUGCCGACACCUUUCGCGUGUGAUUGUGAUACGUCUCGUGAUCGACAGCGAUCGGUAUCCUUCGACGUCGCGUCGGGAGAGCAGCAGCGACUGCCGGACUACCGCCGCAGCCCAACGACAUCGGCGACAUCGCUAAACCGGACCGUGCGAAAGCGCUCUUGUUCCAGCAGCUUGCACGACACUGAUCUUGAAUUUUUAAUUCGCCAAACGAAUGCAGUAAACAGGAACGUCACCAUAAAGAAGAAAGAGCGACUCAUCUGUAUUGCAGUUCUAAGCAGCUUAUCAGGAGCAACGUUUUUACUUCGUUGCGAAAUACGUCGAGAAAUAUCGAAAACGAGGCGUCCUACGCCUCGCGAUAGCGCUUCAAAAGGAAACGGCUGGAAACGACGACGAGACGUAGCGAGAGAGGGUUGCGUCGCGCUAUCGGCGUAA